AUGAUGAUGAAAUCUGCACUGCUGGCCCUCAUGGGUCUGGCCGCCAUCACCGAGGCUUCGAGAAUCCCACGCCACGAGCGCCUUGUUUCUCGACAGAACGGGAGGAACCGAGGAGGCAACAACAAUAACAACGCCGGAAACAACAACGCCAAUGCUGGUGGCAACAACGCUGCAUCGGAAACGUGUUUGAAUGCCGACGCCGUCCAGACUGGUUCCGCUUCUACUGGUCAGCAAAACGGCGUGGCUGCGGAUGGUCAGGUCAACUCUGCAACUGAUGAGGCCAACUUCAUCAACUUCUGCUCCGGCGAGACCCUCACCAACGGUCUUCAAAACACCGACGGAUCCUGCAACGGUGUCGUCAUGGGCAAGAUUCCAGCCAAGGCCAACAUGGUCUCGGCCGUUAUCAUCAAUCCUCCUCUGGGUGAGACUGUUCAGGCGAACACGGACUUCAAUGUCACUGUUCAGAUCGCCAACAUGGAGCUUGGUUCCUUCACAAAUGCCACUUCAACAUACUACUCCGCCCCUCAGGACCUUAAUGGCGCAGGCCAAAUCAUUGGACAUUGUCACAUCACCAUCCAGGACCUUGGAAAUACUCUGAACCCCCAGACUCCUCCAGAUGCCACCCAGUUUGCUUUCUUCAAGGGUAUUAACGAUGCUGGUAACGGACAAGGACAACUGACAACCCAGGUCGCCGGCGGUCUCCCGGAUGGCAACUACCGUAUCUGCACCCUAAACGGAGCCGCAAACCAUCAGCCCGUCCUCAUGCCUGUCGCCCAGCGUGGAGCCUCAGACGACUGCAUCCGAGUCGUGGUCGGUGACGCUAACAACGGGGGCAACAACAACGCGAACGCCGGCGGUAACAACAACGCAAAUGCCGGAGGCAACAACAACGCCAAUGCCGGAGGCAACAACAAUGCCAAUGCCGGCGGAAACAACAAUGCCAAUGCUGGUGGCAACGCCGGAAACGCCGCUGGAAAUGCUGCUGGAAAUGCUGCUGGCAACGCUGCUGGCAACACUGGAGGCAACAGGGGCCAAGGCCGUGGAGGCCAGGGACAAGGUAAUACCGGUUCGGCUUCCGCUUCCGCUUCCUCAGAUGGUAACAAUGGAUCCAAGGCAACCAGCGUGGCCGAGGCCGCAACUAGUACCGCCGCCGUAACAACAGCGUCCGCCGCCGCGACGACCUCAGCCGCUGCGUCGAAUGGAGCCACUGGUGGGAACAACAACGCAGCGGCUGGAGGCGCCAUCGGGGGCAUCGCUGCCCCGGCCGUCGAAGACUCGGGCGACAAGACCCGGCCAUUCUCGGUCAACGGGAACACUUUCGUUAAUAAGGGUGCUGCCGUCCAGCGUGCCUGCGCCAUCCAGAACAACGCGUGUGCCGACGCCGUCAACUCCGGAAAGGUCACGGGUGUGACUGUCGGCGAUUGCAACACUCAGGAAGAGACAUGCAACGCCAACGGGGGAGCAUAA